AUGCCGCUGGGGUUGAUGACGGGGCUGGCGAGGGCGAUGAGGCGGAAGCGGACGUCGUCGCUGGGGAUCCUCUCCUCCAAGAGGGCUCCCCGCGACUACUACAAGGGCAAGAACUGCAAGCCCACCGGUUUUCACACACGCAAAGGUUGGCCUUCCCACUAUCUCCAAUGCCAUACUUUAACAUCUCACGCCAUCCACUACCCACCGGGUAGAUUUGUCUCUUCCCCCCCCAUCUCAUACCCUGUUCCUAGGUUGACGACGGUGGUGCUGAUUCAUGUUGCUUCGUCCUGUUUUGUCCCGUAAUGCGCAUCGCCCGUCCCAUGUCCGUUUCUCUCCUCAUUCUAACCCGAUUUGGUCGGAUGAGCAAUAGUCACCUGUUUCCGAAUCUAAGAUUCCACUGCGGUGACUGCGAACCCUGAGUCCUUGCGAUGAAAAUUGCAUUGACAUGUGGUGGAUGAAUAAGCACGGGCUGACAUGUACGUACGAAAUCGAAUGCAGUGCGUUUGGUAGAGGAGUUUCGAGGUGUUUCAACUUCACAUUGCCGUGUUGAUGAGGACAGACACUGGGCACAAGGAUAGGCUUUGAUGGGAAGUGAUCAAAGAGAACCUAUAUGAGAGCCAGGACGUUGGACCUUUGGACGAAAAACAUCCAGCAAUUUCAUACUCAUUGUUCAUGUGCUGGUCUUUCAAGGUGUUAAGGGGAGGCAUGUCAGUGGGCAUAGUGUCGACAUGUUCCGAGGUAGUUGAAGUCUUGGUGUGAAGGGCAUCAACAGCGGUAUUUUUUGGUAAAGAACAGUUUAUUUCCUUUCGGGAGUGCACCACGGGUAAUGCUUACUUUGGACUUGUGAUUGUGAUGGAAGAGAGGGAAAACAAUAUUUUAUUUGAUGGUCUGGAUGUUGGGUUCUAUGUUUUUAUUUUUAUUUUUUUAAUCGAAUUGGGAUUCCCUCGAUCCCAUCACUUCCAGCGCUGAGAUACUGCAAAAAUCGAUUAUUGGAGUUCCGUUUGAUGGACAUUCUUUUUUGGAAAGGUUACCAAAGGGAUAGUUUACUCUUUUUGAUCAGAAGAGAAAUUCAGAUUUAGAGAACGGUCUCUAUAAACUAUAUUUUAUAUGGAGGUUGUGUAGAUCAUUCUAACAUCCAGGAUGCCUUCAUAUCCAUCUCUUACAAAAUUUUGAGGCUCAGUUGGCUUUGGACAUCACCAAUGUUCCAAUACAAGCUCAUUCUUUCUUGCCUCUGAGCUGAUCUCCCUUUGUUAGAUCUUGUCGUCUGAAUCUGGGGAUGAUUCAGCAGAUAACUGAUCUAAAAGGUGGGCCUUCUGCGUCUGUUAUUUGUUAGGCAACUUCUCCAACUUAAUCCAUGCUUAGUUAACCACCAAACUUUUGUCUGCUUCAUAUGGUUCAUGUACCAUUGUCCGCUUUUGGGAGAUAGGUCACUGCUCCAUAUGGCUACUAGUAGAAUGUUUUUAGCUUCUGUCUUUUCAAGCAGGGAAAGGGGUGUUUCCACAGAUCUCUUUGAAUUUCUGUUUCUGUUCAAAAACUACCAUGGUCAAAAGGUAUGACCAAACAUGUAUAGUUUUGUGUGAAGGCUCUGUCAUACUGCUGGCUGAAACUUUAUUGCCCAGUCCUGAGCGUCCUAAGCCUUUAUGUUCUGCGAAUUCCUCCGCAAAAGUGCAGGAAGAAAAUUUCGUCGUGCAUUUAACGUUUCUUUGCCUUUUUCACGUAUAGUUUAUAAAAAUGUUAUUAUCGAAGCAACUGGCAAUUUAUGGAUCUUAACCCAUAAGAUGCUGCAAAUAACGCCCCGAAAUCACAGUUAAUUUCAUUCGUGGGAUGGAACAGUUGUAAAAGGCGACUCCUAAUUAUAGAAACUGAAGAAUGGUCUGGCAAAAAGACUGUAGCAAGCCAGAUUUUUUACGUUCUUGAGAACUUUGAGAACCACUUAAAGAUCCAGAGCAAAUCUCUUCUUCAUUCACGAGAGUCUCAACACAAGAGUUAAAGAGUGUAUUUGCGGAUUCUCCUAGGUUCAGCUUUUACCGUUUUCAUCGGGCUGCUCUAUUGGGAUUUUAUUUUCCAGUUUAAUUCAUGAAAAUGGUAUGUUAUUUAGGUAGGUAUCUUCUUUGAGAAACCCUCUUUGAACCCAUUGGAUACGAUGCAGAAAAAUUGCUAAACGUUUUAUUUUCGGCAUUAUCUCCGAAUUUAUUUUUGUAAAUAAUAUUCUCUUCACAGUUCUAGUCAUCACGAUACCUCUUUUCAAUCCUUAGUGACCAGCUACUUAACGUGAAUCACACAACAGUGAAGGAAGUGCUGGCUCCAAUCAGCAGGGCGAGUAAAUCUCUAGAGGUUGACUAGUUGGGCACUGAAAAGGAGCAUGAAAACCUAUAAAUUAAUCGAUCUCUGUGGUUGUCAGAACGGGUUUUUUGAACAGGAAGCUGGACAUUUAGUUUUGAUCUGAUCUUGUUUCCUUUCCAGGUGGCUACGUUAUUGUGGACGAAAAGUUGCCCCGUUAUGUUGUCCCAGAUUUGUCAAGCUUCAAGGUAAUAUAAUUUUUUUCCUGGUCCUUGGUCACGUUUUGAUGGAUUGUAUUGAAACGAUACCUUAGAACGGCACAUGGCGAUACUCUCCGGGAGAAUAGGCUCACCGUUUCCUCGAACUUAUUCCAAAACCCAUCGGACAUGCUCAUAUGUAGCUUUGUACUUGUGGAUGCUAAUUAUAGAACAUAUUUGCACCUGCAUGCAUUUCUUUGGCGUCUGGGUUUGGUCUGAAGAACUUUUUAUCUUUUUCUGAACAGCUUAAGCCCUAUGUUGCACAAUGUGCCUGGAAUCCCUCAGGAGCUUGGUCGGGAGAGGGAGAGAAGGCGGCGGAUUCCACAAAAUAA